AUUAGUAAGUCAUCAGCGUUUUAGCGGCCAUAAAAGCCGCUUGGCGGAGCGACAGGCCAACAGUCUUUGUCACGCCAUCACCAUGAAAUUCCUGUAUUUGCUGCUGAGCAUUUGCCUCUUCCUGUUCUGCACACCGUGGACCAUGGCCCAGUCUAUACCCACCAUUGGCCUGCCGGAUCCAACUCCUCCCAAUGGAGCACCCGUCGAGGGUAGUGACACCACAGCCUUCCCCGGACCACCAAGCGCUUCAGACACCGAUCCCACACCCGAGGCCUCGACCGCAUAUCCAAUUUACUAAAGCACGAGAGUGUCCGAUGAUAUUUGAAUUAAAUAUUCAAUUGCAA